CAUCACCUGUCCUUAAACUUGAUGUUUUCCCCACAGAGAUCAGCUGGAGAGCUCAGAGGUUCACAGUGAUCAGUCGGCCCAGCAGAAUCCAGCAGACCUGGACUCCACAUUUAUGCUGCUGGAGGAGAACAUUGUCACCUUUGUGAAGAAGGAGCUGAAGAGACUCCAGAGGGUUCUGAGUCCAGAUUACCCAGAAUGCUUUGAGAGUCAAAGUGAAGAUGAAGAGCAGAUGGGACGCUGCAAAGAGGCAUUUGUGAAGAUCACUCUCCAUUUCCUGAGGAGAAUGAAGCAGGAGGAGCUGGCUGACCAUCUGCAGAGCAGAUCUCUUCACUCACUUCAGUUGUUCUUCAUUUAUUCAGGGACUGGUGCUCCAGUGUGCCGACAGAAACUGAAGUCUAACCUGAAGGAGAAGUUCCAGUGUGUGUUUGAGGGGAUUGCUAAAGCAGGAAACCCAACCCUUCUGAAUCAGAUCUACACAGAGCUCUACAUCACAGAGGGAGGGACUGGAGAGGUCAACGAAGAACACGAGGUCAGACAGAUCGAAACAACAUCCAGGAAAGCACACAGAGCAGAAACUACCAUCAGACAGGAAGACAUCUUUAAAGGCUCACCUGGAAGAGAUGAACCAAUCAGAAGAGUGAUGACAAAGGGAGUGGCUGGCAUUGGGAAAACAGUCUUAACACAGAAGUUCAGUCUGGACUGGGCUGAAGGCAAAGCCAACCAGCACAUCCAGUUCACCUUUCCAUUCACUUUCAGAGAGCUGAAUGUGCUGAAAGAGAAAAAGUUGAGCUUGGUGGAACUUGUUCAUGACUUCUUCACUGAAACCAAAGAAGCAGGACUCUGCAGGUUUGAAGAGUUCCAGGUGGUCUUCAUCUUUGACGGUCUGGAUGAGUGUCGACUUCCUCUGGACUUCCACAACAAUGAGAUCCUGACUGAUGUUAGCCAGUCCUCCUCGGUGGAUGUGCUGCUGACAAACCUCAUCAGGGGGAACCUGCUUCCAUCUGCUCGCCUCUGGAUAACCACACGACCUGCAGCAGCCAAUCAGAUCCCUCCUGAGUGUGUUGACAUGGUGACAGAGGUCAGAGGGUUCACUGACCCUCAGAAGGAGGAGUACUUCAGGAAGAGAUUCAGAGAUGAGGAGCAGGCCAGCAGAAUCAUCUCCCACAUCAAGACAUCCCGAAGCCUCCACAUCAUGUGCCACAUCCCAGUCUUCUGCUGGAUCACUGCUACAGUUCUGGAGGAUCUGCUGAAGACCAGAGAGGGUGGAGAGCUGCCCAAGACCCUGACUGAGAUGUACAUCCACUUCCUGGUGGUUCAGACCAAAGUGAAGAACAUCAAGUAUGAUGGAGGAGCUGAGACUGAUCCACACUGGAAUCCAGAGAGCAGGAAGAUGAUUGAGUCUCUGGGAAAACUGGCUUUUGAGCAGCUGCAGAAAGGGAACCUGAUCUUCUAUGAACCAGACCUGACAGAGUGUGGCAUGGAUAUCAGAGCAGCCUCAGUGUACUCAGGAGUGUUCACACAGAUCUUCAGAGAGGAGAGAGGACUGUACCAGGACACGGUGUUCUGCUUCAUCCAUCUGAGUGUUCAGGAGUUUCUGGCUGCUCUUCAUGUCCAUCAGACAUUCUUCAACUCUGGAGUUAAUCUGAUGGCAGAGGAACAAACAACAUCCAAAAUAUCUAAAAUCUUCAAAGAGAAACAGAAACUUAAAAACCUAUACCAGAGAGCUGUGGACCAGGCCUUAGAGAGUCCAAACGGACACCUGGACUUGUUCCUCCGUUUUCUCCUCGGUCUUUCUCUGGAGACCAAUCAGAACCAUAUCAGAGGUCUACAAAACCAGAGAGCAAGAGGCUCAAUCACCAAUCAGAAACCAGUGAAGUACAUCAAGAAGAAGAUAAGUAAAAAUUUGUCUGCAGAGACAAGCAUCAAUCUGUUCCACUGUCUGAAUGAACUGAAUGAUGGUUCUCUAGUGGAAGAGAUCCAACAGUCCCUGAGAUCAGGACGUCUCUCCACAGAUAAACUGUCUCCUGCUCAGUGGUCAGCUCUGGUCUUCAUCUUACUGUCAUCAGAAAAAGAUCUGGACGUGUUCGACCUGAAGAAAUACUCUGCUUCAGAGGAGGCUCUUCUGAGGCUGCUGCCAGUGGUCAAAGCCUCCAACAAAGCUCUGUUGAGUGGCUGUAACCUGUCAGAGAGAAGCUGUGAAGUUCUGUCCUCAGUCCUCAGCUCCCAGUCCUCUAGUCUGAGAGACCUGGACCUGAGUAACAACAACCUACAUGAUCCAGGAGUUAAGCUGCUGUCUGAUGGACUAAAGAGUUCUGACUGUAGACUGGAAACUCUCAGUCUGUCCAACUGUCUGAUCUCAGAAGAAGGUUGUGCAUCUCUGGCCUCAGCUCUGAGCUCCUCCUCCCACCUGAGAGAGCUGGACCUGAGCUACAAUCAUCCAGGAGAAGGAGGAGAGAAGCUCCUGUCUGCUCAGCUGGAGGAUCCAAACUGCAGACUGGAGACACUGAGGUUGGACCAUGGUGGACUGCACAGACUGACGCCUGGUGUGAGGAAGUACGCCUGUGAGCUGGAAGUGGACAAAAACACAGUCAAUAAAGAACUCAGACUGUCUGACAACAGUAGGACAGUGACAUAUGUGGAGGAGGAGCAGUCAUAUCCUGACCAUCCAGACAGAUUUUCCUGGUCUCAGCUGCUGUGUCGGACUGGUCUGACUGGUCGCUGUUACUGGGAGGUGGAGUGGAGAGGAGAAGUUGAUGUAUCAGUGAGUUACAGAGGAAUCCGAAGGAAAGGAUACAGUGAUGAAUGUUUGUUUGGAUGUAAUGAACAGUCCUGGAGUCUGACCUGCUCUGAUAAAGGUUACUCUGUCUGUCACAAUAACAUAAAAACAGAAGUCUCCUCCUCCUCCUCGGUCUCUGGUAGAGUAUCAGUGUAUGUGGACUGUCCUGCUGGCUCUCUGUCCUUCUACAGCAUCUCCUCUGACACAUUGAUCCACCUCCACACCUUCAAUACCACAUUCACUGAACCUCUCUAUCCUGGGUUUACCAUCUGUCCUGGUUCCUCAGUGUCUCUGUGUGGUGUGUGA